GCGAGCAAACCGAAUAGAAAAAAGACUCAACACAAUGACUAGUCCGCACGAUGAAUUGUGUCCGCCACCCUCAGCCGAUGACGAUGAUUUAACCCUGCCACGAGCCAGCAUCAAUAAAAUGAUCAAAGAAUUGGUGCCGUCAAUACGAGUGGCGAACGAAAGUCGUGAACUGAUUUUGAACUGUUGCACCGAAUUUAUCCAUUUGAUUAGCUCGGAAGCGAACGAAGUGUGUAAUUUACGAAAUAAGAAAACAAUUAAUGCAGAACACGUAUUGGAGGCGCUAGAUCGGCUAGGUUUCAAAGAUUACAAACAAGAUGCGGAGGCUGUGCUCAUGGAUUGCAAAGCGGUUGCGGCUAAACGACGCCGACAAUCGACUCGAUUGGAAAAUUUAGGCAUACCCGAAGAAGAGCUGCUGCGCCAGCAACAGGAACUAUUUGCCAAAGCACGACAAGAACAACAGGCACAAGAACAAGCCCAAUGGCUCAGCUUUUCGGCGGCCAUCCAACAAAAUACCACACAAAACUCAUUAAAUACAUCGCAAAAUAGUUAAAGUAAAGAGCAAGCAAACAAUUAUAAGACCUCAAAUCGAAAGAAGAAAAAAAAGUAACAAUGAAUGAAACCAUACAAACCGAUACAUAAAGUAACAACCGAAAAGAAAACAAACAAAUAUCAGUACUGUAUCAGUACCAGAGAGAGAGAGAGAGAGAGAGAGAGAGAGAGAGAGAGAG